GUCUGAAUUGUCUUUCCGCUUGAGAACGCAAUCAUCCCAUGGAAUGAUCUUUUAUGUAUCAGACGAGGAAGAAGAUAACUUUGUAACUCUUUUCCUUUCUGAUGGACGUCUACAUUUAAUGUUCAAUGUUGGACCUGACAAACUGACAAUUAAAAGCCAGGAAAAGUAUAAUGAUGGAGUGUGGCACACUGUAAUAUGUGUCCGUGACAUGAACAAAGGUAAAAUGAUUAUUGAUGGAUUACGGGCCUAUGAAGACAGUCUUCCUACCACUGACAGGGUAUGGAGAGUGGAGGCACCACUUUAUUUAGGAGGUGUAGCUCCAGAGAGAGCUAUGAAGAAUGUAGAGAUCAGCUCAGUCUACAGCUUUCAUGGCUGCCUUGGAGACCUUAAGCUCAAUGGACGCUCUGUAACUUCUCCAUCUCAAACAUUCAGUGUGACACCUUGUUUUGAAGGCCCCACAGAAUCCGGAACCUAUAUUUCAUCAGAAGGAGGUUAUGUGAUUCUAGCGGAAUCCUUCAACUCUGGAAUAAAAUUUGAAUUAGUCAUUGAAGUACGCCCCAGGAGUAACUCUGGAAUUUUGCUUCAUGUUCAGAAUGUGAAUGGUGAAUACUUAAAUAUGCACAUGAAGGAAGGACAGGUUUUUGUGAAAGUAAAAUUUGGCAAUAAAGAAUUUUCAACAAAUGUCAUUCCAAAACAAAUCCUCUGUGACGGCCAGUGGCAUCGAAUUGCAGUUAUAAGAGAUGGCAAUGUGCUGCAGCUGGACGUGGACUCUGAGAUCAACCAUGUCGUGGGUCCCCUGAACAAAAAGCUAGUUAACCUUAAAGAGCCUGUGUUUGUUGGAGGAGUUCCAGAUUCCUUGCUUGCGCCAAGUCUGACAACAAGAAACUCAUUCACGGGCUGCAUCCGCAACUUUGUGAUAGACAAGCAGCCAGUGAGUUUUAGCAAAGCCUCCCUAGUCAGCGGAGCAGUUAGUGUAAACACCUGCCCUUCAUCCUAACGGUGGCAAUGUACAUUUAACUUUGUAAUAAAUACAUGUUCUAAUAAAGAUUGUCCCUUUUAAUAUACAAAAUAAUAUGUUACGGUGAAACGGUAUGAGAAGAUGUAACACACUGCUCAGCUAUAUAAUCCUCCUUUGAGGACAAAUAAUCAACUGCAUUAUAACA